UAGGACCUGAUCCUUCCCCUCCACGCGCGGCGAUCCACCGCCCUGGACCGGAGGUUGGGGUGCGGCCGGGGAUGGGCUGUGCAGGGACCGCGCACUCCCCGCGCAAACCGGGGCUGCGCAGGGGGAGCCUGCGCCCCACUAGGCGGGGACGAGUCCGGGCAGAGCGCGGCUUCGCGGUCUCCUAGCGACCCCGGCGGCCGGGGAUACACACGGCCCAAGGCCGGGCGGUCGCGGGGGAGCCACCCGUUCCAUGGCGGACAACAGGCGGCAGUUCCGGCCGGGGGCGCCGAGUCGGGCGCCCGGGAGCCUGAGCUGCAGGCCCGGGCACAAAGAGGAUCUGCCUUCCAAGGGCUUCACAAAGCCCACGCCCAGGCUGGCGUUGCCCACCUCCCUGGAUGGCCAGAUGCGGGUGUUCGUGAGGAAGGGCCUGGAUGACUUUGGGAGCGGCUCUCUCCCCCAGGUUUGUCACGGAGCUCCCCAACCUGCCCCAAAGAAGAGGCAGAACAAGCUGCCCAUGGAAGUGGCCCUGCCUGCCAAGCUCCUGGCAGCCCGGCAGGCACGGAGGGCAUUCCUGGAGGACGUGGAGGCCCAGUUGGCCCCGCACCCCUUGGCUCUCUACCCACAUCUGGAAGAAGAUACGCCUGUAGAGCUCUUAUUAAAGGUGCUGGAAGUGCUGGAUCCUGACAAGAAACUGGAGGACUCAUGGGCUUAUUGUCAGGGCAUCAGGAAAAGAGCAAAGGAACCCACACAACUUUUAAAAAAAUGUUCCACCCAAGUCAGCCUGGGACUUUCUAAGAAGACCCCUGUGUCACAUCCAGGCCAAUGGCUUUAUGAAGAAAAGAAGCCAAUUGAAACACAUUUGCUCCAUGAAGGUGGUCCUUAUCAUGAAAACGUACACAAAGUGGUUUGUGACUUCUGCAACUGGGCUACUACUUUUGGAAGUUCACACAUUGAUGAAGAAUUCAUCCUGAAACAAUUUGACAUUGACUAUCAGAGCAAACCAAGCUGUGAUGUAUUCCACCCGAUGAGGCCCAGUCAGGUUCCUCUGGAGCUAAAGAAGAGAGUGGAGCUAAAUAAACUUCAGAAACUAGAAUUUUCCCAGAAGCUAGACUCUAAGAAGAAACUCCAGAAAUCACAGAAUCCUUGUAAACCAAAAUAUGUGAAGAUGAGGUAUGGAGCAUGGUAUCUGAAAACUGACUUGUGGAAAAAGCAAAGAGUAGAUGAACCUUUGGUUGACCCCAAGAUCUCAUGUAAAGCUCAAGAUGAGAAUUGUAAAAAACAGCUGCAGGGACAGGAGUUACUUGCAGACCUUCAUGGAAUGGCUGCCUUUAAGGAUUUCAUUCUACGCAGGGGCUACAGGAUGCCAAGUGCAGACACAACUCAGGCUCCUGCGAGAAAGGGCAUACUUUCCCCCAGGCAGGAGCUCAGAGCUGACACUGUGAAGACACUCAAGCUGCCUGAGGAUCAAAGCAAAGCACUGCAAAGAACUGAAGCCUUCAAAUAGCCAGUGAAUCAGCCAUCUUGGAAGUCCAACUCCCCUGAGGCUUCAGAUGAGAUUGCAGCCCCUGCAGACAUCCUGACUGUAACCAUAGGAAGGUCCUGCGCCAGAACCACCCAGCUAAGUUGCUCCUGAAUUCCUGACCCAUAAAAACUGUGCUAAUACUUGUUGUUUUAAACCAUUAAAUUUAUUUUCUAUGCAGCAGUAGAUAACCAAUAGAGAUUUUGGUGUCUGUAAGUGGGAUACAGCUGGAACAAAAACCUAAGAUGUGGAAGAGAGCAGGAGAACUGGAUUGUGGUAUGAAGCUGGAAGAACUUUGAGCAGAGUGUCAGUGAAAGCUUAAGGAGAUUUGAAGGCACUGUUAGCAGAAGCAUCAUGCACUAUGAGGAGGCUGUGGGUGAAGGCUUGCAGGGAAAUGAGGUAAACGUUGUAAGAAACUGGGGGAAGUAGUCUCCUUGUUAUGUAAUAGCAGGAAGUUUAGGUAUAAAGUCAUUUGAAAUAACAUGAAAAAUAGAAAAGGUACCUAAUGAACUGAGUGGUGUAACUAUGAGAUUUUUAUAUACAGAGUGUUGAAUGUAGUUUUCUUCUUGCUGCUUGUAGUAAAAUGCAAGGGGAGAUAGAUAAGCUAAGAAAAGGGCAGUUAAAGAAAAAGGAACCAAGACUUGGUGCUAUUGAAAAUUCCCAGCCUCUCAGAUGACAAAUGAUAUUUAAAUUAAGAAAAGAUUUUGUAGCAAAGAUCAAAUUCAAAAGGGCAUAUAAAAGGACACUUCCAGGAAACAUGAUCUAAAGAUGAAUCCAAGGAUGUAAUUGUCAAGUCCCUUGUUAAGACCUCAGAAAGAUCAAAGGUGAUGCUAUUCACCUUUUGUACUAUUCAGUCUACAUCCAUCAGAAAGGCAAAUAUUAGAAAGGAGAUGUGGUGUUGCUGGUGGGAGAGUAAGCAAGUACUAUUCAGUCACAUGGAAGUCCUACUAAAAUGAUUAAGUGUGCCUCGCAGAUUUUCUUAAUCAAACAAUAGAGCUUCUAAAACUGAAGGAUGUUCUUCAGCAGAAUCUCAAGAUAGAAAAGGGCUUAUCUUGAAGAGAUAAGUGGUUUGGCUUUUGAAUAAUGGUGUGAUCUCCAUAAGAUUCACAGGAGACCUGCAAAGUUUUUUAAAGAAUUAGAUUGGCAUAAACACUCCAGCUUGGACAAAACAGCAGGGUCUGAUAAGGGGAUAAGUGUAUUUUGCCUCUGCUCUGGAUGCCCCUGACAUCACCCUUAAAUAAUUUCUAUUUUUCCCUUCCUAAUGCCCUCCCUUCCUCCCUCAUUUCCUCUUUAAACCUUCUGUGUUAACCUUACUCCUCAGUCUCCUUCCUACUUAUAGUGAGGUCCACAGACCAGCUCAGUAUCCACUGGCAGCUUUGUAGAAAAGCAGAAUCCCAGGCCCCACACCAGACCUACUGAAUAGGAAUCUGCACUUAGCAAUAUCUCCAGUGCUUCCUCUGCACAUUAAAGUUUGAGAUGCCCUGGUUCAGAACUAUUAUCCUCACUGGUCUGUGUAAGGCCCUUCUCUUGUUAUUUACUUAUUCAUUCCCCCUUUAUUCCAAUGCCCAUUCCUAUUCUUCUGGCCACCAAAGACACUCUCUUUAAUCGGUUUAAGAACUGGCUUUAAAUAUGCAUGUGUCUCUGAAACCUAAGUAUUGUUCUUUUGAGUGUAUAUGUAUUUUCACUAUACAUAAAUGCAUUGUACUAAAAAGCUUAUCGUUUUUUAACUUUCAGUCACCAUUGUGUAUUUAAGAUUUAAUUGCAUUGCUGUGUGUAGAUCUAGUUCAUUGUUCUAAUUACUGUAUUGUAUUUCACAGGCUUCCGCUAUGUUUUACCUGGCUAUUUCCCCAUGAUGGGCAGCUAGGUGACCUUGAACUCAACAUUGCCCCAAAUAACACCAUGUGUCCCCUUAAAGUCUUGUAAGCAUUUUCUCUGGGCCAUACAUGUUCUGGAGGAGGUUGCUGGGUUAUGAGGUAUAUGCAUACUUUAUUUCACUGGGCCCCUGUUCUCCAGGUUGCUCGUACUUGCUUACGCCCCCACCAGCAACAUCAUGUGACUUUUCUGAUGGAUGGAGAGUUGUGUGAUACCAUUGUUUUAAUUUGAAUUUAUCUAAUUACCAGUGAAUUUGAGGAUUUCUGCAUCUUUUUCCUAGCCAUUUAUUUAUGCAACCAAAAAUUACUGUGAGUGCCUGCUAUGUUCCAGGCAUUGUCCUACACACUAGCAAAAAGCAUCUCCUGCCCAUUUUAUAUUGGAUCUCAUGUCCUUUUUUGGGCAUCAGUUUAUAAGAAUUCAUUGUAUAUCAACAUAUUAAUCCCUUGUCAGUUUUAACAACACAAAAAUCUUUUCCCCAUCUGGAUCUAUCUGCUGACUUUUUCUAUGGCAUCUUUCAUUGACCAGAUAGCCUUAUUUUGAUGAAGUCAAGUUUUGGGCCCUCCUGUGUUAUUUAAUAUGACACUGAUAGUCUCCUGGAUUUUGUCCAGUUAGCUUUGUAGUUUUACUAUUUACCUUUAUUCCAUCUGGAGUUUGUUAUUUUUUGUGGUACAAAGUAGUAAUCUAACUUUAUGUUUCUGUAUACAGUGAACUAAUUCUCCCAACACAGAUUUUCCUGUUCUCAAAAGAUUUCAUCAUUUCACAUAAGAGAUCUCAGCCUUGAGUCUAUUCUGGAACUAAGAUGAGUCAGAGGUUUGCAAACAGUUGCAGUCAGAAAAUGUCUCUGUGAAAUCUGAAGCUGGGCAGCUCCAGUGUAACAGAAAGGUUUGCCUGUGGUUAAUAUUCUGCGGAGUAGCAGGAGCCAGAAGCUUGAUGGCGACAGACAGGUGCUGGGGGUGGUAAGUACAUUCCUGAAAUGAGGCCAGGGCUUUUGGAGAGAGGAAUUACGUGGCAAGAGCAAGGCUGAAACUCACCAUAAAUGUCAGAACACUUCCACAGGGGUUCUCUGGUGUCCCACAUCUAGAUUUGCACACCUACUUCUAAAAUUUAUACUUUAAAAUUUGGACAUGGUUUAACAGCUGUUAGGAUUCAGUUCGGCUAGAGUUUCAGAGCAUGGUCCUGGGAGGUCAGAAUAGUGGGUUCAAAUCUCAGCUCAGUCACUCAUCAGCUGUGAGACUGUGGGCAGAGUACUUCUCUGAGGGCAGUACAUGGGAUGAUCCUUACAAAGUACUUAGCCUAGUGCCAGUAUGUAUUGGGUAUUCAGUGAGUAAAGACAAUAAAAGGCCUAUUAGAUAAUACUUUGCAUUUCAAGGAAUACAAAGAAUAAACAAAGCACCCUCAAGGAAUUUUCUAUUAAUAUGGGGAUGAGAUAAACCAAAGAUAAGAGAUCAUAUUGUCACAGAGAACCUUGUAUUUUGCUCUAAGACAGUUAUAAUAUGUGAUCAGAGUUCAAAGGAAAGAAUGACAUACCAAUUUGAGGGCUGACUGGGGAGUGGGGUUGCUGGCUGGAGAAAAGUUUCAUGGAAACAAGUGGCUUUUAGGAAUGUCUAGACCAAUGAGUGAAGGUUCCUAUGGGAGAACUCCCUUUGGCUGGAGAGCAGAUAAAGGGUAAGAGAAAGGCCUGGAGAGGUCAUUGGGGACUGUCAUAGAGACCCUAAAGGCUACAACCAGUUGAAUUUAAUCUGGCAGAUGGGGAGUUGCCUUCCUCCCUGCUCGAGGCCACAAUUUGGAGGAUUAAAUCAGGAGUGGUUGCACAGUGGAUCCCACCAGAUGGGAGGUGCAGAAUUGAAACGGGAAGUGACUGUAGAACUCGUCACAAAGUUAGGUGAGGUCUGGAGGUGGAAGGCCCUGGGGAUGCCAGGGAAGGGAGAGGCCAGGACUGAACAGCAGGGCCCAGGAGAGGUCUCUCCAGAGGCAACCUCUUCUCCCAGCGCCGCUUCCACUUCCUGGACUUUCCUUAAAACCCCCACUGGAUUUCCUUCCUCUCAUUUGGCUGAUAAACUCCCUCUCUGCCUCCUUUGUACCUAAAUUGUUUCUUACGUCCAUUCUUUUCUUUAUUCAUGCCAGUCCCCUCUCCUUUCACCGGAGGACAAUCCUUUCCAUGUUCCUGGCCCAUGGCUGCCUCUCCCUUAAGGAAUUCCCAAGAAGUAUUUCCUAUCCUCGUAUCCUCAGUCUCAGUCUCCACUGGCUCUUUCCUGCUAACAAACCAGCCUGGGUCUUUCUUGAUCUGAAAGAACUUCCCUUGGGCCAUGUUCAAUUCUUAAGCGACACUUCAAUUUCUCCCCUACCUUUUGUCUCCAAAUUUCCCGAGAGGGCUUCAAUGUUGGACUCCACAGUCUUCACCACAUUUAUUCCUCAGCCUUCCAAAACAAAGAACCCAACCCCACAAACACUGCUGAGUCACUGAUGAUCUCUGUAUGUCAAACCCAACCGUUUUUUCUCAGUCAUCCAUCCACUUAAAUUCUGCUGAACAGCACUGCCAUCCCCCCUCCUACCAGUGACUUCUUGCAGGGUUUUCUGAAUCUGCUUUGGAAACAAGUCUCCCGAUUCUCUGUUUUCUAGCUCUUCCUUCCCAUCCUCUUUAUGGCCCUGGCCCUGUGAACAAGGCUGCUUUGCAUCAUUUUGUACUCAUCCUUCUGCACCAGAAGUGAACAAUUUUUUCUUGCCUGAGGUUAAAGAAAAAAAUAAGUAUGUAUAACUUUAAAAUAUCCAUCCAUAUUUACAUUUAUUUAUACUCUGUUUAAUAGAAUGAGUUACAAAAUGGGUGCUACAUUUUGGCCCCUAAAAUAUAACAUCAAGACAUAACUGCAAGAUAAACUGCAAUAAGGAGGCAAUUUUCCAAUCUUCCUGACAUGCUAAGCACCGAAGUUAGGCGCAUCCUGAUUUCCCUUUGUAACAUUAAUCUCUACCAUAGAUUUAACUGCCACCUUCCUAUGAAAAAUAUCCAAUAUCUCUUCCUAAACUACUGACAGCCCCAGUUCCAUCUUCCUGCUAGUGCUUCAAAUUUAACACAUCACAGCAUAACUCACUACCUUCCUCCCUCAUCUCUAUCCUAUCUGUUUUCCUUUUAUGUUUCCGGCUUCCUAGGCUCAAAAGGUCUUCUAUACAAAGAACAUUACUUUGUAACUGUAUAGUGAUAAACAAGGUAUAGUCCAUGCAGUAAGAAUGUUUUUAGAAUAUGUGGAUGCAGACUUUUAACUCUGGUAGUGUGUGGGGGGUGGGUGAUGAUGACGGGAUAUUGUUUACUUUAAAAAGCAGCAACACAGAAAUCAAUGAGUAAACAUUUAAGUUUAGAAAAGCCAAAAGGAAGGCCAAGUAAAUAACAUUCUUUAAAAAUGUGUGAUUAAUCUGAUGCAAUGUAAAAAGGAUUCUGAAGGGUGGGAAGAGUUAUGUCAUUUUGUGUUAUAUUUUUAAUAAAUGAAACAGCAAUUGAUAACAGCAAUAAACCUUAGUCUUCUAGGUAUUAGAAAUGAGGACUGGGGCUUGCAUUCUAGGAUUUUACAGAUCCUCUGGGAUUUCAUUCAUGAGCACAUUGAUAAAAAAAAAAGACCAAUGAAGGAGCAACUUAAGUUAUCAGUGAGGAAAUAAAAUGUUCCAGGAUUUUCAUACUAUUUAUAAAAUUACUCUAUUAACUUUAGAGUUUAUAAAAUUCAAGGACAUCCUAUGGCAUCAAGUUUUACUUUGACAAAUGAGAUAGGAUAAGUCUAAAUUUUCUACAAAGUUCUAAAAAUGUAGAUAUAUAAGUCUUAUAAGUUAAGAACCAAUUAGAAAGACAGAGUGCAUAAAAAGAAUGUUAUUUUAUAUAGUGACAUUUAUUUUCUUAAAAAUAUAGAUUUGCUAUCACUUUUUACUGUUUUCACACUCAAGAUUGGUGUGACCUUAAGGCUGCCAGGAUUGAGAUGUGUGGGUGGUUGUCAGUGGUCUUAAACCUUACAGGUCUUUUAAAAAUUCCAUCAUUGACUCCCUAAUUAGUGUAAGACAUGAAACCUGUCUGACGAAAGCGUAACCUCCACUUUGUGCUGAAACAUGCACGUAGACUCUAUAUGAAGAUACCAACAACACUCCCAACUGGGGACACAUGGAGUGUCUGAUCAAUUCACUCAACCUUUUCCUUUUGAGGGGCCACUCUGGGAAUGUCCUAGGUGCCAGGAGUUCAGCAGAGAACAAAGGACAGUAAACCCUGCUUCAUGUAGUUUACCUUCUGGAGAGGGGGGAAGAAAUGAAACAACGAA